AUGGCAUCACUAGCAAAGAUCCGCGCCCAGCUACUCACGCAUCCACCACCUCUACUACCACCUGGAAAAGCUCUUGUACCGUCACUCACGGCAAAGAUAGCAGCCUUAUCCCUCCAUCCUACCUUAGAAGUGGUUCUACACAUUCUCAAUCAAGACCUACCAUCUGCACACUUUCUAGUUAGACAUAUGCAGUCUGCGCCCGCAUUUGAGGGCAUGUUCUUGCAUGGCAUUUUACAUCGGAUAGAGGGGGAUUACGACAAUGCCAGAGCGUGGUAUAGUGAUGUGCGAGACAGCGAGAUUUACAAACAUGUUUGGGGAACACGAGGAAUUGGUUGGAAAGAGUGGAAAGAGAAUGAGAAGCAGAAAGAGGAGCUCGACGAUGGCCAGCAGUUCCUAGAUGCCGUCCAACAGUGUAAGGAGAAUGCGGGUAACCCCAAGAAGGAAGAGUUAGAGUCGAAAAGUAAAGAGGAAAUCGAGAGUGUCUACAGGUGGUGCGCCGACAAAUUUGGGACAGAAAAGAUGACAGAUGCGAGCGAAGCCUGGGUAAAGCCGAGCGAUGAUAUUAAGAAAAUGGGAGAAGGUCAAGUCAGUGGUGAAAACGGCAGGAGAAAGUUCUAG